AUGGCAGGUGUGCCAACUUUGAUCCUCUUCCUGUGCACUGUUAAGGAUGUUCUACCCUCCAAUUCCCGCUGGAAACCAACCUGGCCGUCUUACAAAGUUCCAGUAAUCCUGCCACAAUCUACCCUUAAUCUAGACAAACCACAGUUUGAUGCAGAAACCAAACUGGAGGUGGUAUCCUCUUGCGGCCUAGAGUGCCACAAGCGUUCCCCGCUGCCGACGUAUGAAGAAGUGAAGGACUACCUGUCCUAUGAGACCUUGUAUGCCAAUGGUAGUCUUGUUGAAACUGAAGUAGGCAUUUACAUUAUCAACCAUGGCGGUGAUGGGUCACAAAGCAAAUCUCGAACAAAGAGGCAGAUCUAUGGCUACGACAGCAGGUUUAGCAUUUUUGGCAAGGACUUCUUGUUGAAUUACCCUUUCUCCACUUCGGUGAAGUUGUCCACAGGUUGCACGGGGACGCUGGUGGCAGAAAAGCACGUCCUUACCGCAGCUCACUGCAUCCACGAUGGCAAAAGUUACGUCAAAGGAGCCCAGAAACUGAGGGUGGGCUUCCUGAAGCCUAAAGUGAAACAUGGUAACAAAGGGGCUAAUAUCACGAGCUCAACAAUGCCUGCAAAAAUGAAAUUCCAGUGGAUCCGAGUGAAACGGACACACGUCCCUAAAGGAUGGAUCAAAGGAAAUGCCAACGAUAUCGGCAUGGAUUAUGACUAUGCCCUGUUGGAGCUCAAGAAGCCACACAAAAGAAAAUUUAUGAAGAUAGGUGUGAGCCCACCAGCUAGACAGUUGCCUGGAGGGAGGAUUCACUUCUCUGGCUAUGACAAUGAUCGCCCGGGAAAUCUGGUUUACCGUUUCUGUGAUGUCAAAGAUGAAACAUUUGACCUCUUGUAUCAGCAGUGCGAUGCCCAGCCAGGGGCGAGCGGGUCUGGGGUGUAUGUGAGGAUGUGGAAGAGACAGCAUCAGAAAUGGGAGCGUAAAAUUAUUGGAAUAUUUUCAGGGCAUCAGUGGGUGGACAUGAAUGGCGCCCCACAGGAUUUCAAUGUGGCUGUUCGCAUCACACCCCUCAAAUAUGCACAGAUCUGUUACUGGAUCAAAGGCAACUAUCUUGACUGUAGGGAUGGAUAA